GGACUUUGAAAGAAUCAAGACAUCAGUGUAUAAUCCUGUUAGCUGUCACUGAGCCUGGGAAACCCCCAUCUACUUCUCCACACAAACAACAUCGGCCGAGAUAACGCCUGACAUGGAUUCCCUGAUGUCGCUGGGUGCCCCUCUGAAGCAGUUCACCAGCUGUGUGUCAUGGAAACACACCCCCACCAAGAGAGGAGCCAAGGGCAGCCAGUCUGUCCGCAGAAGCAGCUUCACCCGCAGGAAGAGCGUCAGUAGGAGGAGAAGCCUCCCCUGCAGCACCCAGAAAGUCCCCGACUCCUGGCUCAGACUGUACCAGGAUGACCUGAAGAGAGAAAGGAAACGUCAGCAGGCCGUACUGGCCAAGAAGAACGCAGAGAGGACGGUAAGAACUCACUUCAGGAGCCACCACUGUCUCCCAAGGCAGAACACCACUGCCAGAAAACCAGCCCCAGUGAAGGAUGAGUCCUUCUUUGGAGCCUUCCAAGGCCUCAGCCUGGAUGGACUAAGGGCUUAUGGAGGGAAGAUGUUUUGAAUUAAAAAUGACAGAGGCACCCAACUGUAACCCCAAAAAUAGGGAAAGGAAUACUUAUUUGGCUACCCGUCUUCAUUUCUUUUUUUAGAAAAGUCUAUAUUGCUUUUUGUUCUUGCUUCCUUGAUGGUUGCUUGGCAUUGCACUUUGUAUUAGUCUGUGUAAAA